CACACCUGGGUUCCUAAUGAGGUCACUGUCUCUGAAAGAUAGCGGCUGGGAAGGCUGGGAGGGCUGGGAGAUGAAUAACUGCUGAGGGUGUUUUGGAGAGGCACUCAGCUCCAUAAAUAACCCCACACGCCCCCACCUUAUGAAUGACCCCUGAGGCUUAGGUCACCCAGCAGCCUAGCACCACAAAGGCCCAAGCACUGCCAGAGAGGAGAACCAAGAGUGGGGGGCCGGCAACGCUGAACGUGGGCUUGCUCGGACUGUGCCACUAAGUCUUGCCCAAGGGAUAUCCAUUGUCAUAGGAAGGAGCAGGACCCUGGUUACCACGAAGUGUCCAGACUAUUCCACACCUGCUCCCUGUCCAGGCUCCUAUGAGGGCUUCUGAAGUGAGAAACUAUCUUAUUUGACUGGCGUUUGUUCUCUAUGCAUUAGCCAGUAUUAGCUGCUCCCAAAUUUAACUAGAUGCCAUCUGACCUUAUUGGAUUCCCUGUUAAGUUCCCUCCAUUCACACUAUCCUAUCCCAGAUGAACAGAAACUGAAAAACCCACAAGAACGUCAACUCCACAAGGCAAGAAGGAGGCGGACAUGGCACACUGGCCUGUCCUCCCUGCGAGGCCACUCACACUGCUUCUCUGAGCUCUAUCCAUCAGUAAAUGGAGGCCAGAGCCAGCCCCAGAUACAAAGGAGGGCUCCCUAGACAGCACACGCAGAGCACCAUGUGCAGACAGCACCAGGAAGCCUCAUCUAAUGUCAGACUUAAAAAUGACAGCAGCUCUUCAGACUUUCCAGAAACUUCCACAGCUCCCACCCACCCCUCUCCAUGCAAAUGUCAAGUAGGAGCCCUGGGACUGAAAUGCCUGCCCUCUGGGCCCUGUCCCUGAACUAGUUAAUUGGGUGACUGUGCCUGUACUUUAAUGGAGAGGCUGGGCUUCAAGCAAGAUGGCUACGUCACAAUUCAGCUGCCCAUUCUCCACCUCAAGCAUGAGCUCAGAGUCAGGCCCUUGACCACCUGCAGCAAACCCACCAGGACUUGCAAAGUGGCAGCCUCAGGACUACAAGGAGCCAGAAGCCUCUUACAACUCCAGCAAGUGGCCAAGCCCUGAGCCCUGAGCCAUGGGUUUGCAAGAGCAGGGAGUGGCUAUUUUUAAGUGGCAUGCCUCGGCUAUUUCGAGGUUUAGGUUUUAUUUUAUUUAUUUAAUUCAAGAGGAAGCUGCACUUUCUCAUGACUUGUUUCUUUCAAAAUGGUGUCGUGGGCAUUCUUAAUGUUGAAAUCAUCUUGACUUUGCAGCUGGUCAAAAGAUGGAGAGCCAAUCAGCUCUUUAUUUUAUCAUGCCAUUCAAAUUUUUAAAAGUUAACAUAUUAAGAGUCCGAAUUUCUACAGUUCUUCACCAGAGGAUUAGUAUUUUUCCACAAAAAUUUUAAGACGGUCCUCUGUUUUAAAAUAUGCAUACAUUUCCCAAGAUAUCUGUAAGAUUUUAAGUCAGCAUCAUACGGAACACCUUGAAGUGCAUUUUCAACAGGCUCUAUAGAGAAGAGAAAGCUCACGGGGCAGCAAGUGGCCGGGCCCACAUUCACGGAGGUGCAUGGCACUGUCAGGGUCCCACCUGCAAGGGUGCCUGCCUCUCCAAGCCUGUGGCAGCACUGAGGGAGGAGGAUGCGCUGGCUCCCACUUACCCUCAACCACAGCCACCUUGUUGUUCAGUGCAUAAAAGGUCACUCAGUGUUCAAGUUCACAGCUCCAAAAAAAAUCAAAAGAUAAAAAGACACUAAGAAGGAAGCAUAAAUAAGAUCACCUAAAAUGUAAUUUAUGAGCCAGGGCAGCUCAGGCCUGUGGUACCCAAGAGCCUUGGACAGUGCCUGGUACUGGUCUCUGCUCUGGAGCUGCAUGGCCAAUCUUCCUCCAAAAUUGAGGACAAACUCCAACAAUAGGAGGUGGGAAGUCAGAGAUGGCAGCCAGAUACACAGCCAUUCGGUCACUAGGACUUUGGGAGCGGGAGUGAUGGUAGGGAAGACCUGAUCAGGCAUCCAUGCCCCAGACGGCUCCCAAGCAGCAGAGGAGAGAAGGGUGGUCAAUGAUUAGAGCAGAAAGCCACCUGUUUUACCGAUUUCUUACCAAAUACCUGCUACUUCUUGUGUUUAAAUUUCUUCCCACAAAUGUCUUGGUGAAGUCAUAAAUUCUCUAUGUAUUAUUCACAUGCUUAUUACUAUGUUAACUUUUGAAAUUCAGUGUUUAGUUUUAAAGCCAGUAAGCUGCUAAAAGAAGAAAGAAUACUGUUGCUUGUUUCAACAAAUGAUCAUAAUAUCUAUUAUAAUCCCUUCAAACUAAAAAAAAAAGAGAGAGAGAAAGAAAAAAAGGUGUCACUGGGUGAAGAAAACCAGUCACACUGGAAACUUCCAUAAAACCAUGCUUAGUGGGGCUGUGUUCAUUGUUAGAGUGUGGGGGAAAAAGGCCAGCAAAAAAAGGGUUAAUGCUGGCCUUCAAGGGAGCGGCCAGAGCCCAGUGAGCAGCCCUGGGAAGCCUAUAAAGCCGGCCCAGUGCCAAGGGGACCAGACUGCGCCUCAGACAGCCACAGGAGCUGGUUCAAGAGCUUCCUGGGGAACCUUCCCGCCAGGCCUCCCUGGAGGGGUCUUCUCUUUUUCUCUCCCACUGAUUCCUUGCAAGUCCAGGAUCCUACUACUGCAGGCAAGUACCAAGUGUGCCUCCAGCAAACCCCCGAGGGGUGCAAGAGAACCCAAGCAGCUCAGCUCAGGGACAACCAUCUCCCCAAGACAACGAAACCUAGAGUUCUGGCCUCUCUCUACUGCUCUGUGACCUACGACACCUCAGCUCUGUCCUGUCCUGUAUGCCUCUCCUUGGUGUCCAGAUGGUAAGUGUGUACAGCGUCUUCCAGCCAUGAGCCAGCUCCGCCGACCAGAGUGCCAAGCGCCCCACUAGCCACGAGCCGGCUUCUGCUGCAGACCAACUGCACCUGUGCAUUCAACUUUCUACAGCUGUCAAACCCAAAUGUCCAUCUCUCUGCAGAGAGAAUCAUCUCUCUCUCUAAAGAUGGAGCCACCGCUGCAAACUGAUUUCUGUGACCCUUCUGGCAAAUGCUGAAGACAGCACAGUGGCAACAUGGAUGUGACCUCUCCAGCCCACACUUUUGGCAUGGAGAUUUACCCACGUACCACACAGCUGGCAGACUCCAACAGCACCUCCCCAGAACUCAACCUGUCUCUUCCGCUACAAGGCACUGCCCUGGUGAACCAGACGGGGGACCUCUCUGAGCACCAGCAGUAUGUCAUUGGCCUCUUUCUCUCCUGUCUUUACACCAUCUUCCUGUUUCCCAUUGGUUUUGUGGGGAACAUUCUGAUCCUGGUGGUGAACAUCAGUUUCCGUGAGAAGAUGACGAUCCCCGACCUGUACUUCAUCAACCUCGCGGCCGCAGACCUCAUCCUGGUGGCCGACUCUCUGAUCGAGGUAUUCAACCUGGACGAGCAGUACUAUGACAUUGCCGUGCUCUGCACCUUCAUGUCUCUCUUCCUGCAGAUCAACAUGUACAGCAGUGUCUUCUUCCUCACCUGGAUGAGCUUUGACAGGUACAUCGCACUGGCAAAAGCCAUGCGCUCCAGUCUCUUCCGAACGAAGCACCAUGCCAGGCUGAGCUGCGGUCUCAUCUGGAUGGCCUCCGUCUCGGCCACCCUGGUGCCCUUCACGGCAGUCCACCUGCAGCACACGGAGGAGGUCUGCUUCUGCUUUGCGGACGUCAGGGAGGUGCAGUGGCUGGAGGUCACCCUGGGGUUCAUCAUUCCCUUCGCCAUCAUCGGGCUCUGCUACUCCCUCAUCGUCCGUGUCCUUAUCAAAGCCCACAAGCACCGAGGCCUGCGCCCCCGGAGGCAGAAAGCGCUCCGCAUGAUCUUCGCCGUGGUCCUGGUCUUCUUCAUCUGCUGGCUGCCAGAAAACGUCUUCAUCAGCGUCCACCUCCUGCAGCGCACCCAGCCGGGGGCUGCUCCCUGCAAACAGUCCUUCCGCCAUGCCUACCCCCUGACCGGCCACAUUGUCAACCUCGCAGCUUUCUCCAACAGCUGUCUGAACCCCCUCAUCUACAGUUUCCUCGGGGAGACCUUCAGGGACAAACUGAGGCUGUACGUGGAGCAGAAGACAAACCUGCCAGCUCUGAACCGCUUCUGCCACGCCGCCUUGAAGGCAGUCAUUCCGGACAGCACUGAGCAGUCGGAUGUCAAGUUCAGCAGUGCUGUGUGACAGGCCUCCCCGGCAGGGACCCAGCUGUGGCACUAGUCACAAGGACUGUACACACCCAGGGCAAGGUGGGCCGGAGGCACAGGUCAGUGCCUCACGAGGGUCGCCCCGUCUGGGUUGCUGGGGAACCUCGCUCCAGCCCUUCCUGAUUUCAUCCUGCUCACAGACUUGCACCCAUCCCAGUGCUCACGACCAUAGGUCAUGUGACCCUGACCUCCAAGGACACCAGAACCAGCUUAUCACUCAGCUCUCUCUACUGUACUAUUUCCCCAGUGGAAAGUGAUUCUGCCAUUGACCAAAAGCCAAAAGGCGGGAGGCCUUCUGGGUGAAGCAUCUUAGUUACAGAUAAAUCCACAGCACACCUGAAACCCAGGGGGAAAAGGAAGUCUGGAGACAGAAUCUGCUCAACAGACCUAAACUGGAUCUGAUGUCUGAGAUAUGCAACUCACUGUGCACAUGCAAACUAGUCCACCCUGAGUCAAAGGGGAAAAGAAAAAAGUGUCCUGUACACACCUGAGCAUCCUUCAUCUCUAGGAAUGCUGCACUCAUGCCUGCCCCCGGCUCCCGCUCCUAACACCCGAGAGACCUGCAUGGAGCUAGAAAGGGUCUCAUUUAAUGAAAUACCUGCUCGGAGAUGUGUUUAGACAUGCAUUUGUUUACAACAGACUUGCAAUUAUGUGAAUGUGGGAUGAGACCACGAGAACUGCGUGCAGUUAAUGGGAUACACGGAGAAAUACUCUGGCGUGUAUGGUUGAAAAAUCUGUCUCUACAAAAUAAUAGUGAGAACAAAGAUGAUGGCAACUUUAGCAGUUCCCAAUAAAAUAUAUUUAAAAACAAA